CCUACCUAGGCAGAUCUCCUACUCAGAAAUCAUCCAGCACGAUAAUGCGAAAGCUUGGUUACGCAAAACGAUAUCCACUCUCGGGCUCAGAACGCUUGCGGGGUCCCGGGUGUUGCACAAUAUCCGGACUCGGUGGGCGAAGGGCGGUUGUUCAUAAACGCAUGCAGGAACCGCCGCAUUCCCUUCGUAACAUCAUUGGAGCCAAAUAUCCCAGCCGCUACUCUUGGAGCCUGACUCAUUGACAGGUUCUUCGUUAACAAGUCCAUCAUGUCUCGAUCCACAGCACACGACGCGCGCAAUGUCGAGCUUCGUAAAGCAUUCGUGGAUCCGUCUGUAGCACAAUCAGUUUCCAUUCCGACUGCUGUGAUCAUUGAGACUCGUUGCAAAAAGAACAAUGUUGCUUGGAAAGUUGAAGACAUAUCCAAUAGCUCGGGCGCACGCAUACAUUGGAUUGGAGAUCGUUCAGCGCAGAAAGCGAUACUAUGGUUUCAUGGCGGCGGCUUUGGACUUCCCCUGUUCGAUGGACAUGUGAUAUUCCUGAUCGAAUGCCAAAAGCAACUGCAAACAAGAGGCGAAAACGUAGUAAUAGCCUUGUUAGAGUACACUCUGACGACGGAAGCCAAAUACCCAACGCAGUAUCAGCAAGGCGCAGAAGCGCUGCGGCACGUACUUUCGAAAGGCUACACGGCUAGAAAUGUCGUAAUGGGCGGUGACUCCGCUGGUGCCAAUCUUGCGCUGGCAGUCAUAUCAUCAAUUAUGCACCCUCACCCUGACAUCAAACCUCUCUCUCUAUCCGGCCCGUUAGCUGGUCUUCUACUCAACGGCCCUUGGGUGACCUUCUCGACUGAUGCUAAGUCUUUUCAAGAUAACGCUGCGAAAGAUAUCCAUGGCGUUGACGGACUGCACUGGUUCACGCGCAAAUUUGUGAACGACGAUGAGAAGAACAACUACACCGAGCCUCUGGGUGCGGAUAUCUCAUGGUGGAAAGACCUCCCCGCUAAGGAAACCAUUGUUCUCGCAGGAGGACACGAGCUCUUCCUGACCGAUGAUAGAGAGUUUGCUUCGAAGCUGAAGGACGCGGGAGUGAGCGUCAAAUACGUUGAAUGUGAGAACGAGGUUCAUAUCGAUUGCUUCCUCGAUGCACAGUUUGGCACUGAUCCCGGGAUGAUGACAUUUGCGACUUGGGAGUGGUCAGUGGAUGUGUUCUCCGGGGUUAAAGGCAAGCUUUGAGGUAGCCCAGAGCAAGAUGUUUCCAGCUCCCCUAAAUCUAUGAUCUGGAAUUUCGUCUAAGGCCUGGGGAAAUCAUGGAUAUCAUUUUUAUGUAUGUCGUGUUGAGAAUAUAUUCUGUAGUCGCUAUUUGUGGUUCCUUUGUGAGUCGGCCUAUUUCUUUGACAUACGAUAUAUCGGUAUUAGAACAAUGAAGUGAAGCCAGGCUGUAGGCCAAUCGCUGGGACGUCUUUAGAUGAUAAAACUAUUGAGGAUGGAGAAAAGGUUGAUGGAGAAGACUGCAGGGUAUGGUAACAGAUUUAAAGGGACUUUCGCAUAGUCAGCCCGACCUUGAUAAGAGGACUCUCAAACAGAGUUGAAGGAGCUUAGGUAGCUAUACUAG